AUGGAGUCACGAGCACAUCGCAAGCGAAGAAGGGUACAGUUCUCAUGUGCGGAAUGCCAUCGGCGCAAAGUCCGUUGCGACCGAAAUGACCCAUGCGGUCGGUGUUCCGCGGCGGAGAUCCGCUGUGUCUACGCCGCCGACCGAGAUGAAGAAGCUCACUACCUCACCGAGGUGGAAGCAAGAGACAACGCUGCAACCAAAAGUGGUGUUCGCCGCACCGCUCCAAUAACAAACAGUGCAAGAUCGUUGCCCCCUUCUCACCAGCAACCAUUCUCUUCACCUGCCACCAAACAACGUGAUGAUAGUCAAAGAGGCGUCACCUAUUUACGAGGCCGUGUCAGCGAAGUACAGCGCGAUGGAAAUGAGUCUGUGGAUCAGAGAACUAUUCACGGGGUCAUGUCCAAAGCUCGCCUUCUGGGGACCACUCAUCCUAUCGCAACUUAUCGUCAGUGCGAUGAGAUGUAUCCCAUCGACUUCAACCCAGAGUGUCGGCGGGCCACAGAGACGAUUCCCUCUUCGCUACUGUCUGAGGUGCAGGGGUUAAUUGCCUCCUCUAAAGCUACGGCGCGAUGUGUAAAGAACCACCAAACGCCGGCAGGCUUAGCAAUGGAAGCGGCCGUCAGAUCUUUACCGGCUCGGGACGUGUGUGAUAAACUUGUUGAGCAUUAUCUACGCAUCGUCGAGCUUCCAUUCCGCAUUCUGCAUAUUCCAAAUUUUCGGCGGGAGUACUCUGCCUUUUGGGACGAGUCGAGCAAGCGACGACCGUUGUUUGUUGUCAUUGUGCUUCUAAUCUUGUCCAUUGGUGUCCAAUUCUCUGAUGAAAAAGAGACAGACCCCCUUCAACGUCAGUAUGCUCGUCAAUGGAUUCGAGCAGCCCAAGCCUGGCUUUCAGACAUCCGAUGCAAAGACUUCGCCACCAUAUCUGGGAUACAGGCCCAUUGCUUGGUUGUACUCUCGCUGCAAUUCAACGGUAGCAAGCCUGAUCGCAUAUGGCUCGCACAGGGGGUACUACAGCGCAUAGCGAACUAUAUGGGCUUACAUCGCGACCCAACCCACUUUCCUGAAAUGCCUCUUUACCAUGCAGAGAUGCGACGACGGUUAUGGAGCACCAUUAUGGAGUUUGAGGUGCAGGUAUCAAUGGACCUUGGAAUGUUACCCAACACAAUCGAGUUUGAUACCACCCCCCCUUCAAAUCUCGACGAUGAGGCAUUUGAGGAGACAACUACGACCUGCCCCAAGCAGGCACCCACAUCAACACAAACUCAAAGCUCGCUACAAAUCCACCUACGACGCUCUCUAGCGGCUCGGAUAACGAUAGCUCGACUUAUGAACGAUACUUUCACUGAGCCUUCAUACGAUGAUGUCUUGAAAGAGACUAACAAUUUAGCAAGGAUUAUUACCGCGAGCGAAGCAAGCUUGCAUUUGUUUACUGUAGUCCACCGCAACCUAAUAAAUUUUCUCACGCGCCGUUUCCUGCUAGCCUUACACCGGCCGUUUGCAACCAAGGCUCUCCAAGAUCCACGGUAUUACUAUUCUCGGAAGGUCUGCCUCGAUAACGCUCUCCUUCUACUUACUCCUGAACCAGAUUGGGAUUUCAAUCAGAUGCUCCUAGUGUCUAUCAUACUCUUUCGGCACAUUAUGCAUCAUGCUGCAAUUGUGCUCUGUGUCGAGGUAGUAGGCCAAAUCAAAGAAGAUCAAUCGGAGAAGCAACUUUUACAACUGCGUCAGGACGCUAGAGGACAACUCCUGAGCAGGAUCCGGAGGGUUUUGAACAUGACAGAGAAACGUCUUCACGAGGGUGAAACCAACGUGAAGAGCUAUGUCUUUCUACACAUGGCCAUCGCACAGAUUGAAGCCAUGGAGCAAGGCAUGGAUGUUGCCGCGCAUGUCUUAAAGGCAGCCACAAUGGCCGCACGGGAGGCGCUAGACAUUCUGCAACAGCAGAGCGGCACUGAAACGCAAGAUCUUGGCUAUACAGCCCGUUAUUUGGGGUCGGAAUUUGAUACCAUGCUUCAGGACGAUUCCGUACCACUCACACUAACAGAACUCAGCAAUGCAGGCCUGAGCUUUGGGGAUAUGGCUUCUUGGAUAUUUUCAGACUCCAUGGAUGAAUAUCCGCUCUAG